GUGACGUCCCAUCGGCUGCAGGACGCUCGUGGGACAGCGCGUGUGUACUGGUGAUGGAGAUGUGACACUUCGGCUCAGAGCGGACCUCACUGUGCGUCCUGCGCCUCCGUGGACACAUCUGGACACAUCUGGACACUGCGCGGUGCCAAAUGGAACCCGCACCUCGCCCGCUGCGUUUGGGAGAGACCCGGGGCUCGUGCGUCCUCUCCACCUCGAAUCCAUGAACUUUUUGGUCGUGCGCGCGCCGCUGCACCUUCCUCCUCGCGGACCAUGAAGUCGAGUCGCCGGUGCAGGAACCUGCUGUCAGUCAGCCUCAACUUCUUCGCCCUCUUCUUCUCCAUCACCGCCUUCAUCACCACCUACUGGUGCGUGGGCACGCAGAGGGUCCCCAAGCCCAAGUGCAGCAAGCUGCGCACGCACCAGUGCAUCGACUACGGCGUGAACGAGACGGACCCCAACAAGGUGGUGUACAGCUGGGAGACCGGGGACGACCGCUUCCUCUUCCGCCAGUUCCACACCGGCAUCUGGUUCUCCUGCGAGGAGAACAUCCACGAUGAGAGUGAGAUGUGCCGCAGUUUCAUUGAUUUGGCCCCUGCAUCAGAGAAAGGGAUGCUGUGGCUGUCGCUGGUUUCUGAGAUGCUGUACAUCAUUCUGCUGGUGGUGGGCUUCAGCCUCAUGUGUUUAGAGCUGGUCCACUCCAGCAACGUCAUCGAUGGACUCAAGCUCAAUGCCUUCGCUGCCGUCUUCACUGUCCUCUCAGGUCUUCUCGGUAUGGUGGCUCAUGUGAUGUACACACAGGUCUUUCAGGUCACCGUCAGCCUCGGUCCACCGGACUGGAGGCCCUACAACUGGGACUACGGCUGGUCCUUCUGCAUGGCCUGGGCGUCCUUCACCUGCUGUAUGGGUGCGUCAGUCACCACCCUCAACUCGUACACGAAGACCGUCAUAGAGUUCAGGCACAAACGUAAGACCUUUGAGCAAAGCAUUCGGGAGGAGCACGCAAGGGAGGCUUUCGGAUACUUCCGAGAUCACUCUGUGCACUCCAUCUCCAAAUCCAUGGAGGUUUAUCCGAGCCAGAGCCUGAAAAGUGGCAGGAAAACUCCCAUACCCGCUGACUCUCUGGACCUGAGUGACAUUGCAGCAUCUUUAGGGGAAGAACAGUGCUGAGUGUGACGGGACAGUAUAGGUGGUGGCGUUUCUCUCGGUGUGGCAGCUUGAUGGAUGGAGGCGUUGUUGUCCCACUCUGCUUUGUGUUCAGUCCGGGAUGAAGGCCUCAAGGGAUCAUCAGCUCCAUCUGAUGCAUUUCAACACUGCCUUAAUGAAACAGGUCGUAGGGAUUCAAGUCACUCAAGGUCAAAGGUGGUGAAUCCAACUGAGAACUGGCAACAUGGACAUGAUCUGAUAUCAUGGAUAAGGGUGUUUUCUCUGUUUGUGUAACUUACCACAAUGUAAAUUUAAAGUAUAACCCAAUCAUUAUCGUGAGGGUCAGUCGGAUGCUAAUCGCCUUAUUCAGUUUCAGUCGAUCAAUAAAUCAAUGCAAAUGAUUUUCUAAUCACAAAGACAUGGUGUAACUGGUGUUUAUUAAAUGUGAAAUACUUAAACUGCACAUGAUGUGCCUAGAUGCAGUAUAUACAGUGAAGGCCAGGAGUUUUUAGGCAGUUACACAUUUUUUCGUUCUUCAGGCUCUGAGCUUCAGCACAUUCAAUCUGAAAUCAAAUAAUGAACAGUUGUGCAAAGUCUCAGCUUUGAUUAGACCAGAUUCACGUCACCAUAGAACUGUGAGUGAUGAAGUCCUUUAAAGACAGAGCACCUGAGUUGGUAGAGUAAGAUGCUUGUUAGAAACUAACACUUCCUUUGAAUAUUUCUUUAGCAGCUGUCAACCUUAGUCCGUGCACAAAAAGAGCUCAUACGUGUCUGUUGAGUUUCCUGUGACUUUAAUUGAAAAUAAACUGAAUCUAUUGCCAUGCACCAUAAGGAAUGAAUGUGAUGUGAUAAAUAUGAGUCCAUUUGGCGCUUAGACUCCUCGUGAUGGAUAUGGAAAUGUAUAAUUGAGACUGGAGGUGACGGGGAGGAAGAGGGUCAAAGUGAAUCAUUGAAUCUACAGCUGAAUGCAACAGAGACGAGAGGAGAUUUUAAGUUUGACAGAAAAAAACAAACAUGAUUGGCAUGAGGCAACAUUAACUAUUAUUUAACCAACACAUGUUAAGUUUGAAGUAAAUUUGAUGUCGAAUUUUUUGGAGAAAAACAGCUAAAUUUUUACUAUGGCAUUCAUAACUUGCCCUUAUUAAAUGUUAUUUCAAAAAUCCUUAAGAGGUCACAAAGAAUAUUCACCCCACUCUUGUUCAUGGUGACUCCCACUGUCUGUAAGUCAAGUUUCAGAAGAUUUUACUGUAGAAAUAGUGUCACCAGCUGUAUGGGCAGCGUGUUCUGUAGCAUCAUCAACUCCUGUUAAGAGAAAUUCCUCUGUGACAAUGAAAUCUUGCAUGUAUGUUAAAUUUGAAUCAUUACUAUUGAAUCAUAACUAUACAAAUAGCUUACUCUGUUGGGAAAAACAAAGCCGUGAACAAUCACAAAUAAUAAUGUAUAGAAAGACAUUAACUCUGCUGAUAUCAUAAAUAAUCAUCCAAAGAUUGUCAUUUCACAUUUUUCAACUGCUUUGAACAAUUUGAGAGAUAUGUAAGUUGGGCUUUUUAUGCUUUCUAAAGAAUUUUUACUAUCUAAAAACUGAUUAAGACUUGGCUCAAAGUUAUGGAAUCAGCCAUAGACCUACAGGUGGAAGUGAAGUGUAUGGUACAUUUACCAGCCAAUACUUAAAUAGUUUAAAAAUAAAUGUUUUGCUGAAAAGGCUGAUUGGAAUAAAAACCUUCACACAGAAUGUAGAGAUGCUGUUAUAGGCAGCAAGGUGUUAUUGUCAUAAAGCAAAGUUCCUACAGUUGAACUUAUUAUCGAAAUAAUUUAUAUAAUAUAUUUAUAUUUAUCCUUUUUAUAUCUAUUCUAUUUUAAUUGUAUUCAUGUCUCCUUUACUCACUGACAGCGAGCCAGGUCAAAUCAGGAAAGGCCUGUUGUAUUAAUGAUUGCCAAGUAUUACAAAAAUACUAACUAAUGAUGUAUUUUGUUGUGAAAUGCUCUCUGAAUCAAAAUAAAAGUGUAUUUUUGGGCUAUUUA